CUCACGUUGGCUGUGCGUCAAUGGUAAGGAAGCUAUUUUAAUUUCGAAUUUCGGACGACCCUGAUGUGCUCUAUCAGGUAUCAGGCGUACAGUAAUACAUUAGCAUUUCAUUUCAACAAUCGAGCUGAAAAAUCAAAGAUUUUUGAAGAGACGAUAAUUGAUUUCGAAGAUGUGUGAACCACCAAAAUACUAUGGGAAAAGAAGAAGUAUUGUCCGUAGAAUUGGUUCACUUUUACCUUUAAAACCUCCACCAAAAAUAUAUGUCAGUGUUACGUCUUUACAUUCAAUGACAAGUUCCAUGAUCAAUGAAGAAACCAGUAGUGAUUGUAAAGAUACAAAUGGAUUUGAACAAGCUAGGCUUUCUAAUAUAAGACCAGAUUUAUUGGAACCUAUUAGUUUUGGGUCAGAAGUUCGUUUGCUUGCUCUAGAGCAAGAACUUCAAGAGCUUAGGGAACAAAUUUCAGCGAUAGUUAAAAGUAACAAACAAUCUAGAUAUACAUCCACUGCAUCUUUAGCAAAUGGAACUGAUAGUGAAAAUAUAACACAGGUGCAACCACCACCACCACCACCAUUGCCACCACCUACAACUCCUCAUAUCGCCAGGAGAGCAAGUUUGCAAGACCACAAAGUUGAAGAACGUAAAAAAUUCCCAUUAAAUUCUCAGGCAUCUAUGGGUGAUAUUCUCAAAAAUAUUGACGGAAUUCAACAGAAUCCAGUUGCUAAAUCUCCAGGAGGACGUUCUGUUCGCAUAAAACGUCACAGUUAA